AAGAAAUUAUAUGUCUGAGCUAUCAAGUUAUGGUUAGUAACGCUUAAUAGUGAUGCACCAUGUGAUCACUACUUAUUCAACUCUUCGAUCUCUUAUUACCAAGUCCGCUUGAUCUCUUAUUGGCACAAGAAGAGAUAUAGGUAAGUACAAGCUCUGACUGGGUUCACAUGCAGUAGCUAAAUAAAGUUCUAGUUGCUCACAUCAGUUGGAAGAAUCUAUUUAAUGAAUGAAAAAGUGAUAUUUAUCACCAAAAGAAUUAAAAGUUUCAUGCAUUAAAUUCAAGAAUAAAGAAAAUGAUCCUUCAGAAGAAGAUUGGACUUUGGAGGCACUCAUCUUAUAUAUAAACGCGUAAAGAUCAUACUUUUAGUACUCACAUUUUACAAUAUGCUUAUGGAACUCUGUCUGAUAGAGGAACUGAAGUCUCUGCCCUUGUGGCUUCCACUUCUUCUUCUGACGCUUGGUUCUUACUCGGUUUGCAAGUUAUUGUUCUCUUUUAUCAAAUGGGUAUAUGUUAAUUUUCUGAGACCUAGCAAGAAUCUCAAGAACUAUGGGUCAUGGGCACUGAUCACAGGGCCAACUGAUGGUAUUGGCAAAGCUUUCGCCUUCCAGUUGGCCCAAAAAGGCUUGAAUCUUGUUCUUGUUGGUCGGAACCCAGAUAAGCUUAAACGUGUUUCUGAUGAGAUCUUGACAAAAGAAGGGAAUACCAAGAUCAAAACUGUUGUUCUAGAUUUUUCCGGUGAUUUAUCUGAUGGGCUAAGAAGGAUUGGUGAAGUUAUUGAUGGUUUGGAUGUUGGAGUUCUGAUUAACAAUGUGGGAUGUUGCUACCCUUAUGCAAAGUAUCUACAUGAGUUGGAUGAAAAGUUAUUGGCUGAUCUGAUAAAAAUUAAUAUCGAGGGGACUACAAAGGUCACUCGAGCAGUGUUACCAGGAAUGCUGAAGAGGAAGAGAGGUGCAAUUGUUAAUAUUGGCUCUGGUGGAUCUACUGUGCCUUCUUAUCCUCUAUACACCAUUUAUGGCGCUGCAAAAGGAUACAUUGAUCAGUUCUCAAAAAACCUUUAUGUGGAGUACAAAAAGAGCGGUAUUGAUGUGCAGUGUCAGACCCCCUUUUACGUGGCAACAAAGAUGGCAUCAAUAAGGAAAUCUUCAUUCAUUGUUCCAUCGUCUGAUGGUUAUGUUCGGGCUGCCUUACGAUGGGUAGGCUAUGAGCCCCAUUGCAAUCCUUACUGGCCUCAUUCUGUCAUGUGGAGUUUCGCAAACUCUGCACCUGAGUUCAUGAUUGAAGCUUUUAUUUUAUGGUUCUGCCUUUCCCUCCGUAAGAAAGGACAGCUCAAAGAUGCUCGGAAGAAGAAUUGAACAGUCCUCCAGGCUAAUGAGUACUCAUGCUCUCCAAAUGCCUGGUAGAUAUGUUAUUUGCUUAUUGGUGGGCGACUAAUCUGGGGAGUGUAUAACUGUAAUAAUAUGGCAAAAAAACCACAAAUAAAAUGGAGUUAUUUCAUUAUGUAUUGAGUGGCAUUAGCUUCCAGCCUAUGCUCACAUUAACACAAAUGUGUUCAAUGUAUAUUAAUGAAAUGUUUGGCACUAAGCUGCAAGAGAACACAA